ACUCAUUUUUUUUUUUUUUUGUACGAAAACAAAACCCACAGGCGCAUUCCAUUUCCACUCCACCGAAGUAGAUGGACAAUUGAAAUUUACAGAUUCAUUCAGACAACCACCAUAAAUAUAUACAGACAUCUCUCUCUAUCUCUCUCUCCUCAGAUCCAAAUCCCUGUAUACCACCCGGAUCCUCCAAUCCAACUCUUCAGAUCUCGUCUCCCAACUUCUUCUCUCACGUACUUUCGCUCUCUUCAUUUGUUCGUACCCCUGAUAAAAACAAUUGGGUCCACCUGUGAUCGAUCGAGUUCCAUUUCCUCCUCGAAUCUGGACUGAUCGAUCACCUUCACAAAACAACGAUCAUGAAUCCGUUCUCCUCGGGCACGCGUCUAAGGGACAUGAUUCGGGCUAUACGUGCUUGCAAAACUGCAGCUGAGGAGCGGGCUGUGGUAAGAAAAGAGAGUGCCGCAAUUCGUGCAGCAGUUGGUGAAAGUGAUAAUGAGUACAGGCAUCGUAAUCUGGCAAAGCUCAUGUUCAUUCACAUGCUUGGUUAUCCCACACAUUUUGGUCAAAUGGAAUGCCUGAAGUUAAUUGCAGCUUCUGGAUUUCCAGAGAAAAGGAUAGGCUAUCUUGGCCUCAUGUUACUUCUUGAUGAAAGACAGGAAGUGCUAAUGUUGGUCACGAACUCAUUAAAACAAGAUCUUAACCACUCCAACCAGUACAUUGUUGGACUUGCUCUUUGUGCUUUGGGUAAUAUAUGUUCCGCAGAAAUGGCUCGUGAUCUUGCUCCAGAAGUCGAAAGAUUAUUGCAAUUUCGAGAUCCAAAUGUUCGGAAGAAAGCAGCACUGUGCUCCAUAAGGAUUAUAAAAAAAGUCCCAGACCUGGCUGAAAAUUUUAUGAACCCUGCUGCCUCCUUACUUAAGGAAAAGCACCAUGGAGUUCUACUUACCGGUCUCCAGCUCUGCACAGAUCUAUGUAAAGUCAGUGAAGAGGCUCUUGAAUAUUUCAGAAAGAAAUGCACAGAGAGUGUGGUCAAAGCUUUGAAGGAUGUUGCGAACAGUCCAUAUGCACCAGAGUAUGACAUCUCUGGAAUUACAGAUCCUUUUCUCCAUAUUAGAUUACUCAGGUUUUUGCGCAUAUUGGGUCAUGGAGAUGCAGAUGCUAGUGACUGUAUGAAUGACAUCCUUGCACAGGUUGCAACAAAGACUGAGUCAAACAAAAAUGCCGGAAACGCCAUCCUCUAUGAAUGUGUUGAAACUAUUAUGAGCAUUGAAGAUAAUAGUGGCUUGCGGGUGCUUGCUAUCAAUAUCUUGGGAAGAUUUUUGUCAAACCGUGACAACAAUAUCAGAUAUGUUGCUUUGAACAUGCUGAUGAGAGCGAUCACUGUAGAUGCACAAGCAGUGCAGAGGCAUCGGGCAACUAUCUUGGAAUGUGUCAAGGAUUCAGAUGCAUCUAUUCGUAAAAGGGCCCUUGAACUUUUAUAUCUUCUUGUGAACGAAAGUAACGUAAAGUCUUUAACAAAAGAGCUUAUUGAACAUCUGGAAGUAAGUGAGCAAGAGUUCAAAGGUGAUCUUACAGCCAAAAUUUGCUCCAUUAUCGAAAAGUUUUCCACUGAAAAAAUUUGGUACAUCGAUCAGAUGCUCAAGGUUCUCUCUGAGGCAGGGAAUUUCGUUAAGGAUGAAGUGUGGCAUGCCCUAAUCGUUGUGAUAAGCAAUGCUUCUAACCUCCAUGGCUAUACCGUGCGGUGUCUGUACAAAGCAGUCCAAACAUCAGGUGAACAGGAAAGCCUUGUCCGAGUAGCAGUUUGGUGCAUUGGAGAAUAUGGUGAGAUGUUGGUCAAUAGUACUGGAAUGCUUGACAUAGAAGAACCAAUAACUGUGACUGAGUCUGAUGCAGUGGAUGUCAUUGAGAUUUCUUUGAAAAACCAUACCUCGGAUCUUACCACUCGGGCAAUGUGUUUGAUUGCUUUGUUAAAGCUGUCUUCUCGUUUUCCUGCUUGUUCACAGAGGAUUAAAGAUAUAGUUGUCCAAAAUAAGGGAAGCCUUGUGCUUGAACUGCAGCAGAGAUCGAUUGAAUUUAAUUCUAUAAUCGAGAAGCAUCAGAAUAUCAGGUCUUUGCUUGUAGAAAGGAUGCCAGUUCUAGAUGAGGCAACUUACAGUGGGAGGAGGGCUGGUUCUUUGUCAGCAACCAUUCCCACUUCGAAUGGGGCUGCAAUUAAUCUUCCAAAUGGAGUUGCAAAACCCACUGCUGCUCCUCUUGUUGAUUUACUAGAUCUAAGUUCGGAUGAUGCCCCGGCACCUAGCUCUUCUGGCAGCGAUUUUCUUCAUGAUCUUCUUGGUGUUGAUUUAUCACCAGCUCCAUCACAAUCAGGUACCAGUCAGGCUCAAAAAAGUGGCACAGAUGUCCUAUUGGAUCUUUUAUCAAUUGGGACACCUCCAGCUCAAAGCAGCUCGUUUUCAUCUGACAUCUUAUCCACCAGUCAAGAUAACACAACUUCAAGUGAUAAUUUACAGAGAUUGUCCUCGCCAUCUACGCCUUCCGCACAGAUCUCCUCCGCUGCUGGUGGUUCACCUAUUAUGGAUUUGUUGGAUGGUUUUGCUCCCAAUCCGGCUACCUCUGAUGCCAAUGGUCCUGUGUAUCCAUCCGUAGUUGCAUUCGAAAGCAGCUCCUUGAAGAUAUUGUUCAACUUCUCAAAGCCACCUGGAAACCCUCAAACAACAACUAUCCAAGCUACGUUUACCAAUAAGUCACCUAACACCUUUACAGAUUUUAUUUUCCAGGCAGCUGUUCCGAAGUUUCUUCAACUGCACUUAGAUCCUGCUAGCAGUAAUACUCUCCCUGAAAGUGGUAAUGGGUCAAUCACACAAGAUAUGCGAGUUACAAACAGCCAACACGGCAAGAAAUCCCUUGUCAUGCGCAUACGGAUAAGUUACAAGGUGGAUAGCAAAGACAUUUUGGAGGAAGGACAAAUCAACAAUUUCCCUCGUGGGUUGUGAUACUGAACGGUUGAUCCUGAAAUUUGAUAAAGUUGAUGCACAAGCUCUUAUUUUUCCCCCCCCGGAUGAAGUGUUUCUCCCUGUCUGUAGUGUUAGUGCAAUUUCCGUUUUCAGUUCUAUAAUGUCGGGGGUUGCAGCAGUCGGGACUUUGAGCCAUUGGAGUUCGGAAUUUCCCGGAUGCUUCAUUUUGCAACUUUAUUUUCUUCAGUUUGAAGGUCCUUUUUGUACAUUAUGACGCGAUAUUCAUUUACGGAAAUCAGAAUAUUAGAGAGUAGCUUGUGUGUCAUAUUGGAAAUUUGAGGCGCUCUUAGUUGUGAAAGUCUGCGGUUUUUGAGUCCAACUGGAUUUGUCUUGAAGAUUUUGUUAGAUUCACUUUGUAUUGGAAAAAAAUGUAAUGUAUUUAUUCACAUUUGAGUUUUUA